AUGAGACUCCUGAAGUGGGUCCACGAGCUUCUCUGUUGCUGCUGCUGCUGCCCCUCUUGGUGGCAGCGGAAGACCAGGAAGUCGAAGACAGAGGAAGACUUGAGUCCAGGCCCCAUUGGAGCGGAAGUCCCUCUGGAGAGCAGAUCAGAGAGGACACCGCUCACAACGGAAGACUUCCACUUCCUGGCGGUCCUGGGGCAAGGCGGGUUUGGAAAGGUGCUGAUGAAGAACCCCGAGCUUCACUUGGGGAACGGAUUCCGGAGAGAUGAAAGGCCAUGUCUUCUUCCAGGUUCGAGCCCCCUCAGGAGGACCGCAGCCUCUUCCCACCACUUCUGA